AUGGCCGUUAUCCUUGAUCAAUGUUAUCCUCAAGGAUUCCCGCCCGGAGCUGUGAAUAUGAUCAUUGGUACUGGUCCAUCAGCUGGGCAACAUUUGGUCGAGCAUCCCGAUGUGCCGUUAGUGAGCUUUACGGGAAGCACGGUUGUUGGCAAAAAAAUAGCGGAAGUGGGUGCUCGACUCAACAAAAAAAUCUCGCUAGAAAUGGGUGGAAAGAAUGCUGCGAUUGUCUACCCAUCUUGCGACCUUGAAAAAAAUCUCUCCACUAUUGCAAAGUCCUGCUUUAUCAACCAGGGUGAAAUAUGCCUUUGUUCGAGUCGGAUAUUCGUGCAUUCAUCUGUAUAUGACACUUUUGUGAAGGGACUGGUUGACGAAGCAAAGAAGGUUGGACUUUUUCAAGACAUACAGCGUACUUAUGAAUUCUAG